AAGGUUGGACUCUAAGGUCCCUUCCAGCUCUGAAUCCUAAAAUCCUUUGGCUGUUCCUGGGGGUCUUGGAGAGAGUGAAUGGGGAGGAAAGUUGGGAAGGUGAAGGGAGAGAUGUGGUGGGGAGACUGAGGUUACCCCUUCCCUCUCCCUCUGCAGGUGAUGACUAUUCGGAAGCCAUGGACGAUCUCGACUGCAGCGCUACUGGCUCUGCUGGCCUGCCUAGGGGCUCUGGUGGAGGGUUACCCCUCGAAGCCUAAGCCCCCGAGUGAGAACGCUUCCCGGGAGGAGCUCAGUCGGUACUACGCUGCCCUUCGGCAGUAUCUCAAUUUGGUCACCAGGCAGCGGUAUGGGAAGAGGGACACUACCGAAGUCCGGCUAGCUGAGAGUCUCUUUCCGGACAGCAGCGGAAACCAGUACAGCAAGUCUGGGUCAGAAGAGCCUUUUGUGUGGUGAUAGUUCCACCUUCUGAUUGAUCUCAUUUGCAUACCAGAGAACUUCCCACAAGGCCAGGAGUCUGCUGAACCUCUUAUCCUCCCACUUUUGGGGCAGCACCUGUGGGCUUCCAGUUUGGCGAGCUCUAAGUCCUCCACCUCUGCACCUGCAGAAGGGCUAUAGAUGACUGCUUCCUCGUUCCUUAAUA